AUGGCCGGAAGACAAGCUGUAGACUUUCGUCUCUACUUAUGUAAAGCGCGGGUGCAGUGUUUUGGUGCAAGCUUGUCCAGCAGUCAAACUUACAGCGAGGAAAUCGAAGCUGCUGGCCGAGCAACAAACUCUGAGCUGCCGCCGCGCGAUUCGCGUUGGCGCAGAGACUACGUUACAAGGACGUGCGGCUGUUUGGCGACGAGCGAAGACGUCUCGGCGCGGUGCAUCGGUAUGAAGCCAUCACCAGGUGCUGUCAUGGCGGUCGCCGCCAAGCCCUACCGAGUUGCGAGUCUCCAUGCUAUUCUGUGCCUGCAUCAACUUUCUUCAGGGGCAGAACGAAAACACGCAUCAGAAUGA